GUAGUAUUUUCGUCCUUUUAAUUUCUCGGGUCAAGUGUCUCGCCGAGUCUCGUGUGAGGUCCCAAUAGGCCACUCCACAGACAGCUGGAAACUAGAGGGAGAGCGAGCACCGAGCGGGAUCCGGUCACUCUCCUCGAUUGCUUCGCUCUUCUCCGCUCCUUCCUUCUACUGCUCUCGUGGUGUCGGCGGCGGCGGAGGCGAUGGCGGCUGUCGGUGAGAAGAUCGACUACGUGUUCAAGGUGGUGCUCAUCGGAGACUCGGCGGUUGGGAAGUCUCAGAUCUUGGCCCGCUUUGCGCGCGAUGAGUUCAGCCUCGACUCCAAGGCCACUAUCGGGGUCGAGUUCCAGACCCGGACCCUUGUCAUCCAGCACAAGAGCGUCAAGGCCCAGAUCUGGGACACCGCUGGCCAAGAAAGGUAUAGGGCCGUCACAAGUGCUUACUAUCGAGGCGCUGUAGGGGCUUUGCUGGUCUACGACAUAACCAAGCGUCAGAGCUUUGACCACAUACCACGGUGGCUUGAGGAGCUGCGAAGUCAUGCUGACAAGAACAUUGUGAUCAUGCUGGUGGGCAACAAGAGUGAUCUUGAGGACCAGAGGGCUGUGUCCACAGAAGAUGCCAGCGAGUUUGCGCAGAAGGAAAACCUUUUCUUCCUGGAAACGUCGGCACUGGAAGCUAGAAAUGUGGAGACUGCUUUCCAAACUGUUCUGACUGAGAUUUUCAACAUCAUCAACAAGAAGACCGUCGUUUCUGACCCUCAAGGCAAUGGCAAUGCACCAACACUAUCUGGAAAAAAGAUCGUCAUCCCUGGACCAGCACAGGAGAUUCCGAAGAAUAAGAUGUGCUGUCAGACAUCUUGAUUUUGCGUCCGCGUAGGCUUGGAUUACAGUUUGGAAUUGUGUGCUAGAAUCGGUUGAGCUGUCUUUGCAAUAGCUGUAUAUCCUAUUCGUAUACUAUCGGUAUAGUUUUAAGGGAAUCAAUAUUGGACUUGGAGAGAAUUGUUUUGUGGCUAAAUGGAUUUGAGUUGUGAUAAAUUAAAUAGCUUUCAGGUGCUUCUUUUUAGUU